UUCAAGCAUAUAGACGUAAGUUGCGUGUAUUUAACGCAAUGCAUCUUUUAUGUUGCAGCGUUAUAUAGACCAUGUUUGCUUCGUUAAUAAAUAAUGAAACCAACCACCGUCGUUCGGAGUUUGUGCAAAGCAAAUGUGAUGAUGUAUCAACUAAUCGGUGGCGAGUUAUCGCCGUACACGGCUAAAGUUAGAUCUUAUCUUCGUUUCAAGAAGAUUCCAUUCGAACCGGUGACCGCGAGUGCAGAAAUUUACGCGAAUUUCAUCAAACCACGAAUAGGUUGGAGUGUCAUACCGGUUCUGGUCACCCCACAAAAUGAAGCAAUCCAAGAUUCAACCGAUAUUAUUGAUUAUUUAGAACAAAGACACCCCGUCCCAUCCAUCCAACCCCGAACCCCCAAACAAAAGUUGGCUUGUUCGUUGUUGGAAUUGUUUGCAGAUGAGUGGAUGGUGUUGCCCAUUAUGCACUACAGAUGGUCGUUCCCGGAAAACCUUCCUUUUAUAAAAGAGGAAUUCGGUCGAAUCGGAUUUCCUGAACAUUCAACCUCGGAAAGAAGUUCCAUCGCUGGUGCUUUGUACGGAAAGUUUCAAUCUAUGAGGGGGGUGUUGGGGAUUAAUGAACAAACAGCACCAGCCAUAGAAGAAAGUUGGAAGGGGUUGCUUGAUGAACUAACGGCACAUUUUGACAAACACCCGUACUUGCUUGGAGGGAAACCGUGUGUUGCUGAUUUUGCGUUGGGAGGAAUGAUGUUUGCACAUUUGUAUAGAGAUCCUGUGCCAGGCAUGCUAAUGAAGACGCGUGCCCCGUUAGUAGCAGCGUGGGUGGAACACAUGAACGGACAUCUGCCGAGUAUAAGCAGGUACAAUGUGCAUGAGGUUGAUGGGGAUGGGAGGGUCGUGAGGAAGCGACGACCGGAGGGAUGUGAUGAUUAUUGCGCUGAAGAUGAAAUCCCACAAACCUUAGAUCCCAUAUUAAAGAGAGUUUGUGGGGAGUUUGGUCCCGUGUUGUUAAGUACAAGGAGGAGGCUUAUACAGUUUAUUAAGGACAACCCUGGUGUUACGAAACUUCCACGAAACAUCGGGCAGCAUGAGUUUCAGAUUGGGGGAAUCACCUCACAGAGGGGGAUCUUCCCGUUCAAUAUUUGGAUGUGGCAACGCGUCACCGAUAUUUAUCACAACAUGAACGAUUGUGACAAAGGUGAAUCAUCUGCUAUGAUGUCACAAUACCCUCACGGACUCGAUAUUAUUCGUGCGAACCUUGAUUCUUAUCGUGUAGAACGGAAAGCCAACUUUCUACAUGCAGUGUUGCACAAAUCUAAAAUAUAAUCACCGUAGAAACCAGUAACGUAUCCAUGAGUUUCUCCACAUUGUGAAUUUGUGAUUUCUAAUUCUUUGUUUUAUAAGAAGUUUAGAUUUUCUUAUUAAAUCAAAAAACGUCAGUUAUCACGUAAAAGCUUGAAAUCCUCCCAUGUUUUCCUGGCUGCAAACCUGCGCUAAAUCAUGGCAGGUAUUUUGUAAUUUUGAUUUAUUUUUCGCAAAUAGUUCUAUGCAUUUAUUUUGUUGCAAUAAUAAAUCUACAGUAAGUUA